CAUACUUGUCAGAAUUUUCUUGCUGGAUUAAUUUGCUAUAUUGAGCUUCUUCAUCAUUUGAUGUGAUGUCAGCUACUAAUAGCACAAUUAUUUUGCCACUAAGCACUCGCAUCACUUUGGCAUUUUUUAUGAGCUUAUUAGCUUUUGCUAUAAUGCUAGGAAAUGCUGUGGUCAUUUUAGCUUUCGUGGUGGACAAAAACCUUAGACACCGAAGUAAUUAUUUUUUUCUUAACUUGGCCAUUUCUGACUUCUUUGUUGGUGUGAUCUCCAUUCCUUUGUACAUCCCUCACACGAUGUUUGACUGGAACUUUGGGAAUAAAAUCUGUGCAUUUUGGCUUGUUAUUGACUAUGUUUUGUGCACAGCAUCUGUGUAUAACAUUGUGCUCAUCAGCUAUGAUCGAUACCAGUCAGUCUCGAAUGCUAUAUCUUACAGAGCUCAACACACUGGGAUCUUGAAGAUCGUGGCUCUGAUGGUGGCUGUCUGGGUGUUGGCCUUUUUAGUGCAUGGGCCAAUAAUUCUAGUUUCAGAGUCUUGGAAGAAUGAGGAGAAAGAUUGUGAACCUGGAUUCUUUUCAGAAUGGUAUAUCCUUGCCAUCAUGUCAUUCUUGGAAUUCCUCCUUCCUGUCUUCUCAGUGGCUUAUUUCAAUAUAUAUAUUUACUGGAGACUAUGGAAGCGUAGUAAUCUAAGCAGGUGGCAAAGCGGUGCUGGACUCACUGCUUCCGUCUCUUCCAGUAACUGGGGACGCUCAUUCAGUUCUAGACUGUUUUCAAGAACGUCUCUUCCUGAACCGAAGGAAGGGGAGGAAGCAGCGGCAUCCUUUCGUUCCAAGAGACAGAGCAGUCUCCCGUUUUCUUUAAGAACUCAGAAGAAUAGCAGCAUAAAUGCUUCCAAAACGGGUUCCCUCUCCCAAUCAGAUUCCCUAGUUCUUCACCGAAGGGAACAUCUUGAACUGCUCAGAGCCAGGAAAUUAGCCAAGUCACUGGCCAUUCUCUUAGGUGUUUUUGUCAUUUGCUGGGCUCCCUAUUCUCUGUUCACAAUUGUUCGUUCAAUUUAUCCCCCAGGUCAGCGUCCUGAAACAACUGUGUAUGAAAUCACAUUUUGGCUUCAGUGGUUCAAUUCCGUUGUCAAUCCUAUUUUGUAUCCAUUGUGUCACAAGAGUUUUCAGAAGGCUUUCUGGAAAAUACUUUGUAGGAAAAAGCAACCCAUAUCAUCACACAAUCAGUCAAUGUCCUCUUAAAGAUAAUUUUAUUGCUUACAUAAAUUUUAGUCUUAAUCUCACCGAAAUGAAUUUGAUCUGGCAUUCAUCUUGCCCUUUCCAUUCUACCAGAAAAGUUCAUAAAAUCAUAAGACUUGAAAACUUAAAAAGAACACGGAACCUGGAAGUCAGUGGAAAAUUAUUCCAGUGAAUAAUAAUAGUAUAAUUAUAAAUUGACAAUUACAUUUUUGUAAACUCAUAGCCAAAAUAACAGCAUAAUUACAAAUUGGCAAUAACAUCUUUGUAACCUCAUAGCCACGAAAGCACUGUAUUUUUCUUAGUCAUCACCUCUUCCUUCUCCUGUAGAUCUUUAUACAACAAUGAUUGUGAAAGUCAAAAGUUUUUGUUUUCUUUCUAUGUUCAGUGUUUGCUACAGUUUUAAGCGAAUUUCCCUUUUUAUUUUAUAGUGAUGCAAAGUUGUCAAGUUUUAAACUCAUUCCCUAAAGUAUACAAUAGAAAAAAGAGCUAUAUUGCCCUCUUUGCUGGGAGUGGACAACUCUGUAAUGAUCAGUGGGCAGGCGAGUUGGCCUUUGAGUUGGCAGGAGCAGCGAGUUAUGGUGCCCAGGAAGAGCAGAGUGCGUGUGUACUUCCAGACUCCAUAUUCCUGAUCCAGGAAGAGAAGGAAGUGUGGGAUGGUGGAGGAAAGAGCAGGUAACCACAGUUCUCAGAGUUCCUCAGUGAAGUCAUGUUGGAGGCCCAGCAAUCUAGGACGGGAGGGUGAAGGACAGGCAACAGUCACCAGUGGGUUGAAAGGAUGGCUUUCUCUAUUCCUUCCUGCCUCCUUCCCUUCUCCCAACUUCCACAUCGGCUAAAACUCCUCUGUGAGAAAAUACAGAAGAAAGAGAAAGGCUAAGAAAUGGAGAGAGGACUAUAUGAUUAAACCUGAUGUACCUGGUGUAACAUUCUCAUAA